AUGCAAUUAUUGUCUAGGAACAUUCUAAAGAGAUUCACAAAUGUGCCUUUUCUUUGUUUUUCAUCUAAGAAGGAUCUGUAUGAACUAUUGGGAGUACCAAAAAAUGCUUCCUAAAAUGACAUUAAGAAUGCUUAUUAUGGAUUGGCAAAGAAAUAUCAUCCAGAUGCAAAUCCAUCAAAAGAUGCAAAGGAAAAGUUUGCAGAAAUUAACAAUGCAUAUGAAACAUUAUCUGAUGAAAAUAAAAGAAAAGUCUAUGAUUAAGCUGGAGCUUAGGAUCCAUUUGCAGCAUAUAGAGGCAAAGCAUAAGAUUUCUAAUUCGAUGAAUCUAUCUUUGGUGAUUUUGCGUCAUUCUUUAAUAUGGGAGGAGAAUCAGAAAGAUAAAUAAAGGGCGCAGAUAUUUUUAUCUAAUUGGAAAUAUCAUUUAUGGAUAGUGUAAAUGGGGCAUAAUAGACAAUACAAUUUGAGAAGAUUGGAGUAUGUUCUACUUGUAAUGGAACCAAAUGCAAACCAGGAACAGCACCAGGAAGAUGCACUAAUUGUGGUGGCAGAGGUUCAAUAAAUUACAGAUAAGGAGCUAUGACAAUAUAAAUGGCAUGUACUAAAUGUAGAGGAACUGGAGUCUCAAUCAAGAAUCCCUGUACAACUUGCAAAGGAGCUGGAAUAUAGAAGUAAGCUACUUCUGAGGCUGUGAAUAUUCCAAAGGGCAUAGCUGAUGGAUAGAAUUUAAGAGUGACUGGCAAAGGAAAUAUUGGAGAAAAUGGAGGCAAAGCUGGAGAUUUAAUUAUUAAAGUAUAAGUUAAGCCAGAUUCAUAUUACAAAAGAGAUGGAUAUGAUUUAAUUACUAAUGCUUACAUUUCUGUUGCUUAGGCUGUGCUUGGAGAUUAAGUUAAGAUCAAAACACUUAAUGGCGAAUAGCAAAUAAGUAUAAAACCAGGUAGCUAAGAUGGGGAAAAAAUUAGAUUAAGUGGAUUAGGAAUUACCAAAUUGGCACCUAAUUCUAAUCAAAGGGGUGAUUAAGUUGUGAAUCUAAAAAUUCAAAUUCCUACAAAUUUGAAUGAACAAUAAAGAAAGCUUUUUGAAGAAUUGGCGAAAUUAGAGAAGAGUGAAACAAAAGGGUAAUCAACUGUUCAUGAAGGUGUCUUUGAGAAGGUUAAGAAUAUCUUUAAUAAAUGA